CCGGCAACUGUCAAAAAUCAAAUUCGCCUUGUCACACAGCAUUACGGGUUGUUUUUAGCCGGCGACUCGAAAACUAGUGUUAAAAGUGCUUUGAAAUGUUCAGAAACCAAUACGACAGCGAUGUCACGGUGUGGAGCCCCCAGGGCCGCCUUCACCAAGUCGAAUACGCCAUGGAGGCCGUAAAUCUGGGCUCUGCAACAGUUGGCCUUAAAAGCAAAACUCACGCUGUCCUGAUAGCCCUCAAAAGGGCCUCCUCCGAAUUGUCGGCGUACCAGAAAAAGGUGAUCAACAUCGAUGAACAUAUUGGAAUCACCAUUUCCGGUUUAACAGCAGAUGCAAGGAUUUUGAGCAGAUACAUGAGGACUGAGUGUUUGAAUUACAAGUAUUCUCAUGAUACUGUGUUGCCAUUAAAUAGGCUUAUUUCCACUUUGGGGAAUAAGAUGCAGGUUUGCACGCAGAGAUAUGAUAGAAGGCCCUAUGGGGUUGGGUUGUUGGUUGCUGGUUUUGACGAUAAAGGUGCUCAUAUCUACCAAACUUGCCCAUCUGCAAACUACUACGAUUGCAAGGCCAUGUCCAUUGGAGCUAGAUCUCAAAGUGCCAGGACUUACUUGGAGAAAAAAAUCGACGAACUCCAUAAUGCUCCUCUGGAAGAUUUGAUUAAACAUGGUUUAAGGGCGUUGAGAGAUACCCUUCCCCCAGAGGUGGAUUUGAACACCAAAAAUGUUUCUAUUGGAUUUGUGGGCGACAAACAGCCGUUUAAAAUCCUGGACGAGGAUGAAACUGCUCCCUUCUUGGCUUUGAUUGAGGGAGAAGAGAGACGUGGAGGUGGUGGGGGCCCACCUGAUGCAGCUGCAGCUCCUUUGAGGGAUGAGGCGGGGGACCAGGAUGCCCCGAGGGAACCGGUUCCACAAGUGGCCAUGGAUACAGAUUGAUUCAGAGAAGUUUUUCUCUAAACAAGUUUUCCUGCAAGAAAACCUGCCCUUUGCCUUUUCUACUUUUCACUGAAUUUUUGCCGUGGCUGUUUUUUGUCAAAAAGCAGCCACGGCAGGUAUAUUUUUAUGAAUGGUGUUUAUGGAAAACAAUUUAUAUUUAAUUUUAAUAAAACUGCA